AUGGCAAUCCGUUCCCGAUUCUCUGAAGUUCGAUCCAGAUGCACUGGUGUGAACCACUGCAGCUUCGUGCUAGCUGAAGACUACCCGCCUGCAGUGAGCUGGUCUCCGGGAGUGGUCUACAUCAAGUACGCGUGCUUUGAUGACACAUUAUCAAUCCAUUACUGCAACCGGGAGGUCCACGUCGCCAUAUCGGGCGAGGACAGCGAAGGUUACAUCCGUACCCCAGGGUACCCUAACUUCUACGUGGAAGAUGUCUGCCAGUGGCGGCUGGUGGCGCAUCCUGAGCAGAGGAUACGGGUGACGUUCUUGGACGUCAGUUUGAGGAGUAUAGGUCCCUUCGAGAGCUCUUGCAAAGACUACGUCUCGGUCCAAGACUCGAACGGCGACUCUAUGCUGUCAUCCUGCGAGCAAGUGGAGCUGCCCUUACGCCUCACUAGCGCCACCAACGCGGUGGACGUGAAAGUAGAGGCGCGGUCGCAGGGCGCCUACCCGAAGAGAGGGGUGCUCCUGCAUUAUAAAAGCAUUGGCUGCGUAACGCUGCCAGCGCCAUCUGACGGUUACCUCGUGUACCGCAAGGAUGACGUUGCUCACUACAUGUGCAACGUGAACUACGUUUUCGUCGACACCCGACAGAGGGCGCGAUUAAUAUGGUGCUACGAUGAUAAUAGCUGGAAUGACACAGUGCCUUUGUGUGUGGCCGAGGCGGCUGCGAAGGCCGGCGGGAACGAUUCGGCUUCUGGGCACGACACAGACGCGAAGCUGCCGCCGCACGAGCAACCAGACAUGAUAGUCGAUAUUGUGAUUCCGUCGCUACUAAUAGCGGCGCUGUUCAUUGGGAACGCGUUCAUCGUUCUCAUCAUAUACAAAUAUAGAAAACGGAAAAACGAAGAUAUCGACGAUGAGUUCAACACCAUUCCACUGAGCGUGAACGGGAAUGUGCACAGUGCCGGCAACGCGGUUUAGUCGUAUACACUGGGGGAUUACACUGUAAAGAUACGGUUCGUGGUCUAAAACUCUAAACCAACGUUUUAGUACGCUGUGAGCCACAGUAAAAAGGUUAUAGUAAGACAUCUCACUUAAAGACACGCGCGUGCUUAUGAGUGUAAAGGUACAGUUACACAUGCUCAUGAAAUAUCGAAGUGAGCAUGCUUAUUAUUAGCAGUGUUUCGACACAGUAUGUACUGUGCACACUGCUACACUGCCACACUUAGUAGUAGCAAUUUCUCGAUAGUGGCAUGCAUUCGUGCUAGUAAUGAGUGCAAACAUUAUACGAUUGUGGUACGCUCAAUUUAACGGUAGAGUCGUACUAGAGGUUUGACACUGAAACUAAGUUUGAUCAGACAACACAACUUACCUGAAACCAUAUUUGUAAAGCAUCAGAAUUCAAAAACGAUUCAUAAAAUGGGUUUCUUGAGACGUGUCUUACUUUGAUGACUUUUUACUGUGGCUUUUGGUAGUUGUUUAUGUGCACUACACGAAUCGUGAAGACUAAAAUGUGACAAAAUGUAGUUCUAGGUUUGGUUUCAACGAUAUUUGAAUUUAAUUUGGAGUAAAGCGUACUUGAUUCCAAUAACUGCUGUUAAAACCAAGUAAAAACGCCUAAAGAUCUCUAGUUGGAAAGCCUAAUUAGAAAAGUUUAAUUUAAAAUAGUGGCCAUGUUAUAAAAGUAGUAUAGUAACAUUAGUUAUAACUCUUUAAAGUGUAAUCUCCCUUUUCAAUUUGACAAGCAGGCUCUACACAGAGUGACGUCACACCAAAAAAUACUCCGACAACACGUCGCCAGUCUGUGUACGGCCUUAGUAUUAAGAUAUUUAUUUGUUAAUUAGAUACCUCGACUAGUGAUCAUCCGUCAUAGUCCAGUGACCUUUCUUUAGAUUCUUUUAGCGAUUAAGUAUGGACUGAUAAUGAUAUGAGUACUCGAUUUUAAAGUAGAAGUUCAUUUCUUCGCACAGUCGUCACUGCCUUGUUUGUCACUAUCGUCGUCAAUUAGUACUAAGGGUAUGCGCACACGGGCGAUUUCUUCGGGGAAUCUGUCACUCGUUUGGGAAUUUAUUUCGAAUAAUCAAUCCAUCAAUCGGUCGAAAUGUAGGAAUUUAUUCAAGCGACGAAAUCGUACGUGCGCGGGCAUCCUAAUUGUUAUGGCUUGAUAGGUCUCAGCUAUAGGUUAUUUGGAACUAUGCUAUAGGUAGGUAUCGAUGUGAUUAGUUUCGUCUUGAAAUUGUUAAUGUUUUUGUAUGUAUUCGGCGGAGUCUGUAUAAAUUCUGUAAUAAAUAAAGCACUUUAUCUUUA